AUGAUGAUCCGAUCAGUAAGAACAUAUCUGAGUUCAAUCUCCAACGCUGCAGUUUUCCCAUCUGGAUCCACUGUUUUUUCUUUAAUCCAGCCAACGGGAAAAAUACACUUGGGUAAUUAUCUUGGAGCUUUAUCUAACUGGAGGGAUAUCUCUAAUGAUGAGAGAAAUAGCGAAUCUCGGUUCAUAUUUGGAACAGCCGAUUUACAUGCUUUGACAUCUGUUACUGACCCUGCAAAAUUGAAGAAUUCCCGAAGGGAAGCUAUCGCUAGUCUUAUAGCAGCAGGUAUAGACCCUGAGCGAUCUAUAAUUUACCAUCAGUCAAGUAUAGCAGAACACAGUCAAUUAUCUUGGAUAUUAACCUGCUUAACUAGCAUGGGUGCAUUGAACAGAAUGACUCAGUGGAAACUGAAAGCUAAAGUGGAGGAAACUGAUUCAAUUUUCGGUGACGAAAUUCUAGGGAAGACCAAAGCCGGUGUUCUUUGUUAUCCCGUGCUUCAAGCAGCAGACAUACUUCUUUAUAAAUCUACACACGUUCCAGUUGGUGAUGAUCAAGCACAACACCUUGAAUUGUGUAGAAACAUUGCUUCGAUUUUCAACAGCACUUAUAAAUCAAACUUUUUUCCCAUGCCCAAAUCAUUGUUCACUGCAAAUAAGAAAAUCAUGUCUCUUAGAUCUUCAGAGAAGAAGAUGUCGAAAUCUGAUGUUGAUCAAAAUGGCUGCUUAUAUAUAACUGAGUCGCCAGAUCAAAUUGCCAAGAAGUUAAGGAAAGCAACUACUGAUUCGAUUCAAGGUAGGCUUUAUUUUGACCCAGAGGAAAGACCAGGUGUUAGUAAUUUGAUCAAUAUUGUUUCAGGCUUGACAAGGAAAUCUGUUGAGGACACAGUUAAGGAUUUGGAAUACAUGAGAAGUCAUAAACAAUUGAAAGACUUGGUAACUGACUUGAUUGUUGAAGAGUUCAAGGAUCAAAGGUUGGUUUACGAAGAAUUAAUGAAAGACGUAUCUUAUAUCGAUCAAAUUGCAGAUAGAGGAGCUGAAAAGGCAAAGAAGAUUGCAUCUGUUAAUAUGAGAGCAGUAGAGAAGUUAAUAGGUCUUGAUUAA